CAUAGGAAAUUAAUCCCGUGUUGGAAAUAGGGAAGUAUUAUAAUAUAAUACUGCAUUUUUUGUGGGAACGAAUCAUACAUUAAUUUGAUCAUUAAAAUGUUGGUGGUUUUAAUUCAAUUGUGGAUUAUAUAUCUGUUGUCCAGCCUGUCAAAUGCCAGAAAUAAACAACUAGACAUAAUCCUGGGUCUUGAUGCCUCCGUAAACACCAAGAACGAAGAGGAUUUUAAUUAUCAACGUGAAUUUUUCAAAGAAAUAACAGAGACCAUUUACAACCACAGCGAAACAAGUAUACGUGUGGGGGUGUUUGCUUAUGAUGAUACUAUUAAACUUUAUCCACAAAAAAGAAUUUGGUCAGAUCAAAAUAGUACCAAAAUAGAUGUCAUAGAUAAUAUAGGCAGUCUAAACUACACAAGUGGAAAUGACAAACCCUACUUAGAUCAUGCUCUUCGAUUUGUUUUGGCGAUUUUUGAUGAUGACAGGGCUGAAAAUAGAGAGCGAGAAUGCAGCGAAAAAAUUUUGAUAAUGGUGGUUACAGACCAAGUCAAAAAAUGGACAGAUGGAUCAAAAGAGUUGGCCAGACUAAAGGAAAUGGGGAUAAAGUCGUUCUUUAUUGUAGUGGGAAAGAAUGGCAAGAGUGUUAAUGUAAUUAAAACAGAGGAAUACUCAUUUGUUACCUCCUUCAAAGAACUGGGCUCCUCCGAAAUCCUGAAGAACUCAUCGAAUUUCUUAGAAAGAACACUCAUCAAAGGGAUAGGGUCCUGCUGCUCAUCUACAUUCCCAGGAGGACAGCUAACUUACCCUACAUGUUCUACACACAUGGGAAAUAAAUGUAAGGUCUCCUGUGACCGCUUUCUAGAGACGCAGCUAGUUGUUCUAGGAACUUGUGAGACCAGCGGUGUUUGGAGCCAUGGCGGACGCGAAAUUUGUAAAGAGUUUGAAGUCCAUCUAGUGUCCGUUGCCAUCGGUGCAUUUUCGGUAUUGGUGGCCUUCGUCCUCCUGAGUUUUGUACUGGCAUAUCUGUGCAAACGAAAAUGGGGAAACACAAUAAAGUCUUCCAUACCUCCAGUGAUGCAGGCCCCAGCACAGCGUUCUGUACGGAACCAGUACUCCGCCUCUACGGCAAAAUCCUCCACAAAAGACAGGGAAUCAGCGUCAUCUGAUGAUCUAGAAAUCGAUGAUGACGACGAAGAAGCUCAGGUGUACGAUUACGCUCAAGAAGAAAGCGUUGUGACUCUAUCCAAGCGCCCCGUAAAGAAGAAGAAACCGCAAGUCAACCAUGAUAUACAAUUCAUCAAAACAAAUGAACUUUCAGAGCAGAAUCACAAUAUAUCGUAUUCAGGAGAGGUUUAUCAAAAUACAGAUUUGAGUAGUUGUCGUCUGCUGAAUAUGUCUAUAAAAUCAAAUGUCCCGCCACCUUGCUGUGGACCAAGUGGAUAUGUGGAGUAUGAUGGAGAGGAAAUAUAUCAGAACAAUGUUAAUGUGCAAAAUGAUGUGCAAGAUGAUGAGCAAGAGGUGUAUGUGAACACUGCCUUCUGAUUUCAAUCAAAAUCAAGAAAAAUCACAUUUACGAGGGUUGUCCAAAAAGUUCGUGGACAAUGACGUUUUUGUUAAAACCAAUGGUUUAUAUAUAUCUAAUGUAUAUCAUAAUAUUUUUAACGAAAAACCAAGUCAGAAAGAUUUAAUUUUUAUUGAUGGAAUUUCAUAUUUUUGUAAAAAUGGUUGUCUUUAUUAGGUUGCGGAUAGUGCGCAAAGACCGGUCUGACGUGAGCUAAUUUCAUUAUAACGUCAAACAUUUGGAUUUUGAAUUUUUAAUACGUUCAUGGACACACACUACAGUUUCUUUAUUAUGUCAUACUGCAAAGUGCUAGCAAUAAUUUUGAAGUAUAGAUUAUAAUUUAAUUUUUCAAUCUCAAAACAACACACAAUAAUUUACCAGCGUCAUCAGUAUAAACAAUUCGUAUCCACAGACUGCACAGUCUAGGCCGAUGUUGCGCUAGAUUUAUAACGAUGUCAUGAAUAGAAAUGUCCAUUUUCAUCAAAUAACAAGUGUUUUCAAUUCCUUGAAGUGUCUUCAAAUUUGUACGCACCGUUGAAAAAUGGUGUGUACCUAUCUCAGAUCAAUAAACUAAAUAUAUUCUAAUAAUUUUGAAUUGUUUGAACAAAUAUUUUGUCUCUGACGUCGUUUUAACCGUAUUAAAACAUAGUUUUUGGAUCGAACGCUGUCCCGUUCGCACGGCCGACGUCGCUUUUUCUGUCGAUUUUUACACAUAUUUGUUAGGGCUUUUGUGUAGUUUUUUCACUGUCUAUAUAGUACCCGAUACUUGAGAUAUAAAAAAAAAUGAUUAUAGUCUCUUUAUCUGUGUUACAUAUAUUUUUUAUUGAACUUAGACUUGUUUCAUAUAAAAAAAAUAAUCAGUUUAAUUCAAACACGUUAUUUCAAAUUUAAUCUUGGUCCGUGCGAACUAUCUGCGACAUUUAAAGACCCCGAUUUUUACAAAAAUAUAAAGUUGCAUCAAUAAAAACGAAAUCUAUCUGACUUAAAUUUUCAUAAAAAUUAUUUUGAUAUGCAAAAAUAUGUAUAGAACCAAUUAUUUUAACAAAAACGUCAUUGUCCACGAACUUUUUGGACAACCCUCGUACUAGUAGUUAUAUAUAUGUAUUCUUUUAAGGAAUAACUGUCUAAUUUUUUUGUUUCAUGAUGUGAUCUAUUGAUUGGCUUGCCGAAGGCGUUUAUGCAUAGAAUUAUCUAGCAAGCCAAUCGAUUGAUCAUCGUUAUGAAACUCAAAAAUCUAUAUAUCAACAUGUUCUUGAUUCCGCAAAUUCACUUGCAACUAGCCCCGCUUCUGUCUCUAAUCCCCCCGCACGUUAUUUUUUUUUCCAGGGUUUUGAAGUAAAAAGUAUUUUUACUAUUUGUAAUUUUAUUUCGGACAAAGACAUUGGAAAUGUAAAUAUUAACAAAUACAUCCUGUUAAGGCAAAAACUAUUUAUACAAUAAAAUAGUUACACUGUAAUAAGGAAAUUAAUAUUGCAGCUGUUGCCAAAAAAUAAUAAUAAUAAAACGCGAAACCUGCUUACGCAUGUUAGGUAAUUUUUCAGCAAAUGCAAUAUAAAUUCCCAUACUAACAAAGAAGAACAUUCUAUUGUUUAAAUAAUAAUUAUUAUCUAAAGUAGGACUAAGCAGAUCAAUUAUUGUAUUAUUGGUACAUGUAUAUAUACGUCAUUGUACUUUUAAUUGAUGGAAGAGCCAUGUUGCUCAAGAAGCCUGUGCAGGUGAUAGGCUUCCUGGUGUUAACUAACUGAUCAACAACAGUGGUUUUUCUCAUGAAAUAAAGAAAAUGUACGGUGGAUGUAAAUAUAAAUGAAUAUAAUUUGUGAUUUUUUAUUUCAAUCGUACCAAACAAGACAGUUAAUUGUACGAUUACUUCUAUUUCCUGUUUAGUAACAAAUUAAUAAAACGUGUGUUCUAGUUUCAAUUAAGAUAUAAGUGGUUCAUCUUAUUCUCAAGUUGUAAGCUCACCUGAGCCGAAGGCUCAAGUGAGCUUUCCUAAUCAAAAUUUAUCCCUUGUCUAUCGUUGUCGUUGUAAACUUUUCACAUUUUCAUCUUCUCAAGAACCACUGGGCCAAUCUCAACCAAACUUGCCACAAAGUAUCCUUGAAUGAAGGGGAUUCAAGUUUGUUUAAAUAAAGGACCAAG